CACGUUUAAAAUACAAGCACCAGGCGUUUUCCAAAACGGUCAGCGGGGCAUGGCCGACGAGCCGCGGGGCGAUGGCGACGACGCUGCGAACGAUAAGAUCUCAGUCCGACCCGACUUUGUGCUCGGCGUGCGCGGGCCGAUCCAGAGCAACGUCGAGUUUUGCUCGGACGCGACCUUGCUCUUUCCGACCGCACACCACCUCGGGCUCUACAACGUCGACCGCAAGACGAUGGAGUUCUUCCACCCGACGCGGGGCAUUCGGUCGGUCCAGAGCAUGUGUCUCUCGACCAACAAGGAGCUCCUCGUCGUCUGCGAGCAGUCGGGCCAGCGCUUCGCUCGCAACAACAUUAGCGACCAGCUCGGCGUGACGCCCAACCAAAUCUCCAUCUACAAGGUGCUCACCCGCGCGCGGCUCAAGACGCUGCCGUCGCAGUCGCACGCGCCGAUUCUCUCCGUGGCCUUCUCGGCCGACAACAAGUGCCUCGUGACGCUCGAAGACGCGCCAACGUACCGCAUCGCAUAUUGGAAGUGGGCAACCUCCAAGCUCGUGGCCCAUGCGCCGUGCCCGUCGCGGGGCACACGCAUCCGGAUGUCGCCGUUCAACCCCAACUUCGUGACUGUCUCGGGGCCCAUGGUGCUGCGCUCGUGGACACUUACGACCGCGACGGACUUGCGCAUGAGCAGCCUCGUGCCGCAGAUCCGCGAACAGGAGCACUUUGUCGACCACGUGUGGGUCCGGCAGUACCUAGUGACGAUUUCGGAAGUCGGGACGCUCCUUAUCUUUCAAGGCGCUGACGACGGCGUCGAGCUCGUGCACUCGACCAAGCUCAGCGCGCUCCAAGCUACGUUUCAAGUCGGCAAAGUCCAAACCAUUAGCGCCAGCGCCAAAGGCUUCGUCCUCGGCGGCACGUCGGGUCUCUUCAGUGUGUUUGAGUUCUCGGACGACCCGAAAGACCCAUUCAUUCUCAUUCGGUCCAUGUCGGCCGGCGACUUUGCCAUCGAGAGCGUUGCGAUCUCGCCCAACUGCGAGAUUGCAGUUGCCUACACGGACACGCAGCGGCUUGUGACCUUUGCGAUGGGGUCGAUCGACGUCGUUCAAGACAGUGCGACCGAGUUUCGCGACCUCAUUCCCAACGGCACGCACGCCGGCGCGAUUCUGGCCGUCGACGUCUGCCUUCAAAAACCGCUGCUGGUCUCCUGCGGUGUCGACAAGUCGUUGCGGUCGUGGAACUACCACCUUGGGACGUACGAGGUCGUGGCGACGCUCACCGAAGAGCCGACGACGCUGAGCUUGCACCCUGCUGGCUUUCAGGUCGUCGUCGCUUUCAAGGAGCGCGUCCGCAUCUACAAUUUGAUCCAAGAAGGCCUUCGGGUGCUGCGGGACUUUAGCAUGAAAGCGUGCAGCGUGCUGCGCUUCGCCAACGGCGGCCAUGUGUUUGCGUGCGGCGCUGGCUUGACCGUGUACAUUUACUAUACCUAUACGUGCGACCUCGCGUACACGCUCACGGGCCACAUCAACACGAUUCAGUGCUUGGCGUGGAGCGCCGACGACCUUUUGCUCUACUCGGCCGGCAACGACGGCACAACGUACUGCUGGAAUGCGACCAACGGGAAUCGCUGCGAUGACAUGCAGCUCGUGGUCAAGCACUGCAAGAUCACGGCCACCGUCGUCGACCACCUCAACCCAAAGCUCGUCGCUAUCGCGGGCUCGGACGGCCAUCUGCGCGAAGUCGUUGCCGGCGACGAGACCAAGAGCCUGGAUCUGGGUGUACCGCUCACGGCCCUCGCCCUCACGAAGUCCAACCGAUGGCUCUUUGUUGGCACACGCACGGGCUGUAUCUACGUGUUUCCAUGGCCCCUCGGCGCCCAGGCCGUACCCAACCAAGAUCUGAGUGUGCACAGCGAGCCAAUCACGACGCUCCGGCUCACGGACGACGACCGCGUCCUCGCCAGCGCGUCCCAGGACGGGUGUCUCGUGCUCUUCAAGGUCGAUGAAAACAUGGCCGGGCUUCCCGACGACGUGAUCCACCGGCCAAAAGCGCUUGCCACCGACGCGGUCCUCGUCUCGCGCGAAGAAAUCGAAGACAAGAACGAGCAGCUCACCGACAUUUUGCAGAAAUACGAGCAAGUCAAGAGCGACAUGGACUUUUCGCUCCAUAGCAAAGAGAACGAGUGGCUUGACCGCAUGCGCCUCCUCAAGGACGAGUGCGAGCACUCGCUCGUUCAAGAGCGGAUUCGGUACGAGGAGCUCGAGAUGCGGUACCAAAGCGCACUGCGCAAGCACAGUGAAGAAUUUGCCCAGAAAGAGUCGAAUCAUGCCAAGUUUUCGCAGGAACUCGAAAAUCGCUACGAGCACAAAUUGGCGAUGGAAAUUGCGCGCUACGACCGACUCUCGGAAGAGAUGGAGCUCACGCGACAGCAAUGCGCAGCGCUCAUCGAGUCGCAGGAGAAACAGCAACGCGCGGUCUUGGACGGGGAGCGCCGCGCCGCCAACGCCCGUGCCAAAGAACAGGUCGAGCUCAUCAAGCGCGUCAAGGACGACCUCUCGUACAACCACGUGAAAUUCGAGGAAAUUCUCAGUCAGCAAGAAGAAGACUACGAGUUUCAGCUCCAAAAGCUCAAGGCCGAGUACGAAGAGCAAUUGGCGGGCGAGCGCCAAAACACAGCCAUCAAAGAGACGCAAAUCACGGGCAAAAACAGCAAGCUCGAUUCGCUCAAAAAGAAAAUCCAAGAACUCAAAGCCAACGCGUCGGCACGGGACAUCUUGCUGUCGACCGAACGCGCCAAAACCGCCAAGCUCGAAGCCGCGCUCACCAACUAUGAAAAGUACUUUGACGCGCUGCAAAAGAACAUUGAUGAGAAAGAGAAGAACGUCCAGAGUCUAAAAGCCACCAACCAUGUCCUCGAGAGCUUCCGGUUUGUGCUCGACAACCGCGUCGAAGAGCUCCAGAACGAGAAAGCGCCGAUGCAAAAGCUCAUUGCAGGCCUUGAAAUGCACAUUCACGACGUCCAAGACGAAAUGGUUGACGAAUUUCAUCACAAGGACGUCAUGGACGAGACGCUCGCAGCGCGCGACAUCAAGAUCAAAGCGCUGACCAACGAAGUCAACGCGCUGCGGCUUCAAACGCGCAAGAAGGAGUCGACGAUCGGCGCCAUGACGCGCGAGUUUGCGCGCAUCGUGCUCAUCUCCAACCCAAAGGAGCUCGAGCGCGCCGUCAAGGACGCCUACAUCGUCUACGUCAAGGGCGAAGCGCCCAAGUCCAAAAAGUACAAUGCGACCUCGUCCAUCUUGAGUUCGCCGAGCAAGCCGGCACUCGCCGACGCACCCUUGCUCGCCGACGACAACAAGGAGGUCGUCCAAGAGACGUGCAAGCAGCUCACGUACAUGCACCGAUCGGUCGCGACGCUCAAAAAUGCGCUCCAGCAUGCAAAGAACGAAGCCGAGCACCACCACCGCGAUGCGAUCACCGAAGGCAACAUUCUCCUCCAAGACAUGAACCAGCUGCGCAAAAAGAACAAGACCCUCGAACUCAAGGUCAAAGAGCUCGAAAGCGCCCUGUAUUUGGCCGAGACGGCCAAGAAGAAGCGCGCCGUGCAGUCGUCGCCUGCGGCCAAACUCUCCCCGCUCUUGCGCAAGGCGUCGUCGUCAACAGCGUUGGCGUCGCCCGGUCGGCUCGUCGUCGGCAGUGUUUUGCCGUUCACGGCGAUCGAACGCGAGCGCGACCUGCACAAGGUGGCGUCCAUGCCGGCCGUGCACGAGUACCAAACCAAGAUCGACAAGCAGACCCGCGAGAUCCAGCGCCUCAAGACCCAAGUCCAGCUCCUUCUGGAACAGGAAGCGAGCAAGCAGGACGCGGAUCCGGCACGGGGGGUGGGUAGCCUCUUGCUGCCGACGUACCCCCAGCCCCCGUCGCUCGCGGCGAGCCCGACUGCCGCGCAGACAAUUCACAGUAUCUCGCGCAAAACCGACUCGACGUUCAGCUACUUGGCCAUGCAGCCAUUGCCCAACAACGAUGAAGACGACGAUCCUUAUGGCGACCAUGCAGAGGCCCCCAGUCCAUUUAAAACCCUCUCAAUGUAGUCCUUGUGCGUCUGGUU